UGACCUCUGGCCGCUCGUGCCCUUUUCUCGUUGCCCGCGCGACACCAGGACCCGGGACCCGGUCCUCCCUCGGUAGUCCGGCGCGAGCACCCCCGAAAUGGCGGCCACUAGCCUGCUGCUGCGCGCGACGCCCCUCUUCAGCGGUCUCGGAACCACCGGCUCGACCCCUCUGCUGCAGGGAUUGCUGCGGCCGCGGAAGGCCCCGGCGCUGCCCGUCCUGUGCCGUGGCCUGGCCGCGGAGGCCAAGAAGACCUACGUGCGCGACAAGCCCCACGUGAACGUCGGCACCAUCGGCCAUGUGGACCACGGCAAGACCACGCUGACCGCGGCCAUCACGAAAAUUUUAGCAGAGGGAGGUGGGGCCAAAUUCAAGAAGUAUGAGGAGAUUGACAAUGCCCCUGAAGAGCGAGCGCGAGGGAUCACCAUCAAUGCUGCUCACGUGGAAUAUAGCACCGCGGCCCGUCACUAUGCCCACACAGACUGUCCCGGGCACGCUGAUUAUGUUAAGAACAUGAUCACAGGCACUGCCCCUCUAGAUGGCUGCAUCCUGGUGGUGGCAGCUAAUGACGGCCCCAUGCCCCAGACAAGAGAACACUUACUAUUGGCCAAACAGAUUGGGGUGGAGCAUAUAGUGGUAUACGUGAACAAGGCUGAUGCAGUCCAGGAUGCGGAGAUGGUGGAGCUGGUGGAGUUGGAGAUCCGGGAACUGCUCACUGAGUUUGGCUACAAAGGAGAAGAGGCCCCAGUUAUUGUGGGCUCUGCUCUCUGUGCCCUUGAGCAACGCGACCCUGAGCUUGGUGUGAAGUCUGUGCAGAAGUUGCUUGAUGCGGUAGAUACUUACAUUCCAGUGCCUACCCGGGAUCUGGAGAAGCCAUUCCUGCUCCCCGUAGAGUCUGUUUAUUCCAUCCCUGGCCGAGGCACUGUUGUGACAGGUACACUAGAGCGUGGCAUUUUGAAGAAAGGAGACGAGUGUGAAUUCCUGGGACACAGCAAGAACAUUCGCACUGUGGUGACAGGCAUUGAGAUGUUCCACAAGAGCCUGGAAAGGGCAGAGGCAGGAGAUAAUCUUGGAGCAUUGGUUCGAGGCUUGAAGCGGGAAGACCUGAGGCGUGGCCUCAUCAUGGCUAAGCCAGGUUCUGUCCAGACCCAUCAGAAGGUGGAGGCCCAGGUUUAUCUCCUCAGCAAGGAGGAGGGUGGCCGCCACAAGCCCUUUGUGUCUCACUUUAUGCCUCUCAUGUUCUCCCAGACGUGGGACAUGGCCUGUCGUGUCCUUUUGCCUACGGGAAAGGAACUUGCCAUGCCUGGAGAAGACCUGAAGCUCACUCUAAUCUUGCGGCAGCCAAUGGUAUUAGAGAAAGGUCAGCGUUUCACCUUGCGUGAUGGCAACCGUACCAUUGGCACAGGCCUUGUCACAGAGACACCUGCUAUGACCGAAGAUGACAAAAACAUCAAGUGGAGCUGAGCUUGGACCUCUGCUCAGACUCUUGUGUUCAAGCUGGCCAGUGGUUUGGUUCCGCCUCUGGUGCCCCCUUCCCUGGAUACAUGCUGCAGCCUGGUAGAGUGACUUAGACUGACAUGUUUGCCUACCUGAAUGGGCCUUGCCAAGGGAGGGAGAGCAAUAAACUUCUGUGAAUAGUGAA